GUCUCUGUGAGACUUUAACUUUGUGUUUCCAACUGCCUUCGUUUUCCCCAUUAAAAUAAUUAAAAAGUAACCGCCCUGAUGUGUUAGUCAUUUGAAAACACGAAUCUAUUUUGCAUUUCUAGCCUGUGCAUAACAUGGUCAUGACCUGUUGUUUGAUCCAUUAUAUACGCUUCUCAUCUGGCCCCUUGGCCCCUCUAUUUUUUUUUCCCCUUAGGGUGAUGAGGAAUUCUUUUUUUUUUUUUUUUUACUGAAAUAAACUCUUGUUAACUUUAAAGAAAUCUGAAAUCUGAUUGCUAAAUGAUUUAUUUCCAGUUUGUUUUGUAACAGAUGUUUCUCACUAAGUCUCAAAGACUUUGUACAGGGACAUGCCUCUCGUAAAAAGUCAGGGUGAAAAGGAUGGGAAGAAUGCACAUGAGAGACCAGGAAACCCAGGUUAUGGGAUGGAUUUCAAGUCCGCAAGUUCUGAAUCAGAGCCUAAAACAAGAAGUAGCCAGAAGGAAAACGAAAAUUGUUUUCAGAAACACAAUUUUUUUUUUUUUUGCUUAAAGGCCCCUGUGAAGUUUUUUCAAGUUUGUAUGUCUCUGUGCAUAAGCUAUUUCUGUUUUAGGAAACUAGUAGCAAGUUAAUAAUUUUUCCAAAGGCCACUGGGAAGAUUUAAUAGCAUCUUAUGUUUUCUCUUAGAAAAGGUAUUCUAGGAAUUUGUCCCGGGUGGCGGUCAUUGCCAGGUCUUGGGUCACAUCACAUGAGGUUCAUGGAGUUGUUAGGACACCAAGACUUUACUUAUUCAGGAUAUUAUGUUGGAUAUAAUAAGCUUGAUUUUCCUUAUGUGUAUCAGGAAGCUUAACUACUUUAACUUGAAAGACCUGUCUCCAUUUCAAAUUGUAAACAGAAUUUGAGGCUUAUAGAGGAGACCAUGAGUAGGCCAUGCAUAAAGCUUACCAGUGCUGGUACAAAGCCACUUAGUCUAUGCCCUGAUUGAAGGAAAAGAUAUCAACUCCAUUACAUCUUCUCUAUCUCAAACAUCAUCAGGUCCGUGACAGUGUAGAACUCAGCUUCAUCUUGCAUUUAUUGUAGUUCCUAAGAGUACAUGGUACAGAAUCCCAAAGUUGUAGCAGACAUGGCUGAUACAGUAACUGCAGUCCACUGAAUGCCACAGAAAAAGAAUACUUUAAAUAUUCCUUUGGAAAGGAAAAGUUGAAGACUAGAUUUUAGAUAUAAAUUUCUGAAUAGAAGCAUCAAGGGGUUUGUAUCCCAGGCUGGCCUGGAACUUAGGAUCCUCCUGCUUUAGCCUCCCAGGCUAAGGCAAGGAUACACCUACCCCCUUACCCCCCUACAGUUCUGACUGUCUACUCUAUGUGGAUGCUUAGGUGCAGGGAGUGUGUGGGAGCCGACUGAUUCCCAACCUGUAUUGCUCUGCUGCAGAAUACAUGGUAACGGGGCUAGAUAGUACUUACUGGGUUGUAUUCCAAAACUUGUGAACCAUGAAUCUUGGGGAAAUAGUGGCCCUGUGAUUUCAUAAUUGCAGUCUGUUUCUCCGAAUCUUGUGAUUUCUCCCUCCCCACCCCUUGUUUAUUUUUUUUCUUUUGUUAGCAACCUUUCCCCUCGAUCUCACAAAAACUCGACUCCAGAUGCAAGGAGAAGCUGCCCUUGCUCGACUGGGAGAGAGUGUGCGCGAACCUGCCCCUUACAGGGGCAUGGUGCUCACGGCCCUGGGCAUCAUCCAAGAGGAAGGCUUCCUAAAGCUUUGGCAAGGAGUGACGCCCGCCAUUUACAGACACUGUACUCCGGUGGCCGGAUGGUCACCUACGAGCAUCUCCGGGAGGUCGUGUUUGGCAAAAGUGAAGAUAAGCAUUACCCGCUUUGGAAGUCUGUCAUUGGAGGGAUGAUGGCUGGUGUCAUUGGACAAUUUUUAGCCAACCCAACAGACCUGGUGAAAGUUCAGAUGCAAAUGGAAGGAAAAAGGAAACUUGAGGGAAAACCACAGAGAUUUCGUGGAGUGCACCAUGCAUUUGCAAAAAUCUUAGCGGAAGGAGGAAUCCGUGGGUUGUGGGCAGGCUGGCUUCCCAAUAUACAGAGAGCAGCGCUGGUGAACAUGGGAGAUUUAACCACUUACGAUACAGUGAAACACUACUUGGUGUUGAAUACAUCACUUGAGGAAAAUAUCACGACUCAUGGUUUAUCCAGUUUAUGUUCUGGGCUGGUAGCUUCUAUUCUGGGGACCCCAGCUGAUGUCAUCAAAAGCCGAAUCAUGAAUCAACCUCGAGACAAACAAGGGAAGGGACUUCUGUAUAAGUCAUCAACUGACUGCUUGAUUCAGGCUGUGCAGGGCGAAGGCUUCCUGAGUCUGUAUAAAGGCUUUUUACCAUCUUGGCUGCGAAUGGUAAAUUUGCUUAUUUGUUUUAUCGAAUGUGUUUCUUUUGUAUUUAACUUACUCUGUCUAUCAAUAUUUUUGCUUCUCUCUUCUGGUUUGUGGAAUCGUUUUUCCCCCAAAUCAAGCUUCGUCUACUUUUUUUUUAGAAUAUCUUUUUGUUUUUUUAGUGUUCUUUCACCUCUCCUCAGAGUCAUGGUGCCUUCCUUGUCUAUGAAGACCCCUUGGUCACUGGUGUUCUGGCUCACUUAUGAAAAAAUCAGAGAGAUGAGUGGAGUCAGUCCAUUUUAAGCCCUUAAAGCUGCAGCCCGUACUGAUAACGGUAUUCAGUGUUAUUGAAAUGUGGGCGUCGGCAAUACCCAGCCCCUCUCAUUUCUACCUCUUUAGGAAGAUAACUUGCUCCACAGACUGAUCUAUGGGGGUGCCACUUUCUUUUUCUCUGGAAACCCAAGGUCUGUUUGACUCCUCUUUUUAUCUAAAUAUGAUCCCAAGGCCGCCCAGUGACACCCCCCCCCCCCAGCACUGUGUUUCUAAAGAAGAAUGGAACCCAGGCACUUCCAGCCCUUUGACCUGCUGGUCUUUGCUGAAGAGUCUGCUUAGCGGAGGCAGGCAGGCAGCAUCUGCGAUCUGAAGUAGACAGUAGGAAUGUGGAAGAAUCUAUCCCUAGUGCUUAAGGAAUAUAUCUGGCCUGUAUGUCAGUAUUUAGAACCGAAGCUUGCCAUUCUACUCUUCUGUUGCUAUUCAAGUGUACGUACUAUAAAUUAAAGGGAAACGGAUGAAAAUUCAUGAAUAAAUAUUUUGAGUUUCCUCCAAGGGAGUCAGUGUACGAUUAU